AUGCCAAACAUCGGGAUAAACGGAUUUGGACGAAUCGGUCGCUUGGUAGUAAGAGCGGCUCUUGAAAAAGGCUGCCAGGUAGUGAGCGUAAACGACCCGUUUCUUGACCCUGAAUACAUGGUAUACUUGUUUACUUAUGACUCCACCCAUGGAAAGUUCAAAGGAGACGUUCAAUCCGCCGAAGGAAAACUUAUAAUUAAUGGUGCAACCGUAAAUGUUUUCAACGAAAAGGACCCGACGCAAAUCCCUUGGGGUAUAACAGGCACUGACUACGUUGUAGAGUCCACUGGUUGUUUCACGAAAUCCGAAAAGGCUACUCUGCAUGUAGACGGCGGGGCCAAGAAGGUAAUAAUUUCGGCGCCAAGUGAAGACGCUCCCACGUUUGUAGUCGGAGUCAAUUUGGAUGCUUAUAACACUGACAUGCAAGUAGUUUCGAAUGCGUCGUGCACAACGAAUUGCUUGGCUCCUCUGGCCAAAGUGGUUCAUGAUAAUUACAAUAUUAUUGAGGGUUUGAUGUCGACCAUUCAUUCUACAACGGCUACUCAACGAGUUCAAGAUGGUCCUUCUGGUAAGCAUUGGCGAGAUGGGCGAGCAGCUGCAUACAAUAUCAUCCCAGCAGCAACUGGAGCAGCCAAAGCCGUGGCCAAAGUAAUUCCGGAUCUCAAAGGGAAAUUAACCGGAAUGGCAUUCCGCGUACCAACUCCUAACGUCUCUGUGGUGGAUCUAACCGCCCGUUUAGAGAAGGGAUGCAGCUACGACGAGAUAAAGAGCACAAUUAAAUCUGCUGCCGAAGGAGAACUGAAGGGAAUUCUGGCAUAUACAGAAGAUCAAUUAGUGUCCACCGAUUUAAUGAGCACAACAGUGUCCUCCACUUUUGAUGCAAAAGCAGGCAUGUCGCUCAGCCAGAAUUUUUGCAAAUUGAUAUCCUGGUAUGAUAACGAAUAUGGCUACUCUAAUAGAGUGGUCGACCUUAUUAAGUUCAUGGCUGAAAAGGACGGAAAUUAA